AAAAGGAAUCUGAGCUCUUGAUCGCUCGCCCCCUCGAUCUCACCCCCGCCGUAGAUCUCCGCCGCGUGACGAUCCGUGAGACUUCAUCUCAAUCGAGAGGAGGAGGAGGGGGGGUUUCUCUCUGUAGCUCGAUGGAUCAGUGGAAGCCAUCCGAGGGCUUCUUCGACGCCUCCGGGAGCUCGAGUCAAAGGGUCGGAAAUAGUGCAAAGGAUCCUAGUUCUGCACGGAAGAUUCAGAAAGCUGAUCGUGAAAAAUUGAGGAGAGAUCGACUAAAUGAACAGUUUCUGGAGUUGGGAAAAGCCCUUGACCCAGAUCGUCCCAAGAAUGACAAAGCAACCAUCCUUUCUGAUACAAUCCAAAUGUUGAAGGACUUAACUACUCAAGUGAACAAACUGAAAACUGAGUAUUCUUCCCUAUCUGAAGAAUCCCGUGAGUUGACACAGGAAAAGAAUGAGCUCAGAGAAGAGAAAGCAACAUUAAAAUCUGAAAUUGAUAAUCUAAAUUCCCAAUAUCAGCAAAGACUCAGGUGUGUCUAUCCUUGGGCUCCAGUGGAUCCUUCAGUUGUUAUGGGUCCUCCUCCAUAUCCAUAUCCAGUGCCAGUACCGAUCCCUUCAGCCCCCAUCCCAGUUCACCCAAUGCAGCCAUACCCUUUCUUUAGAAAUCAGACUCCUGGCGCUUAUGUGCCUUAUACUUCCUCCACUGACCACUCAUCCUCUCAAAACCUUCCUCAUUCUCAACCAAAUAGUAGAUCUCAAACUUCUAGUCAACAAGAUUCCAGAAGCAAGCCUUUGGAUCUUCAACAUCGUAAUGGUUCAGAAAAGAGUGACGAUUUUAGUGAUGUUGUGACGGAAUUGGAGCUCAAGACUCCUGGAUCUGCGGGCAUGUCUUCCCACUCAAAAGCAGCAAAAGAUCAGGACUUGUCUUCUGAAGGGUGCAAAGGGAAGCAAAGGCCUCCACGUAGAAAUAGUAGUGGUAACACUGAGAGGAGCAGUUCAAGCAGGUCUUCUUCCUCUUCUUCUGGUUUACCCGGGAGCUCUGGAGAUGGAUCAGUGGCAGACAACUAAAUAACUUGACAGAUGCGAAAUCUGAGCAACCAAGAUGAUUUUAACUCCUGCUUCAAGUCUCCCUAUGCAAAAUGACCAUCUAGGGAGCUAGUGAAACCAUGGUGUAGUAGAUUGUUCCCCAUUAUGAUGGAAAUACUCGAGCGCAUAACAGAAAAACAUCGAAGCAAAGGUUCAGUUUAACGCAGACUACUAUACUAAACUGGCCAUGUGUUCUAACUGAUAUAAUCGUGUAUGUAUAUAACAAAGAAAUUGGUAGACAAGUCUGUUUUAAUGUGUCACGCUUUGUUCAAUAGGUGGUCUUACUCCCUUAUAAUUAUUAAUUGGUUUUACAUAUGCAGAUUGGUGAUGCAUUUUCCUUUCA